AUGUAUCACGUGUCUGCAUGAUGGACAUUUCGUAGGACCUCAUCAUCUACACAAUUGCACUCCAGGCCAUAGAACAUGUAUUUUGGGAAAAUGUGUGUUGACCAUUUGGAAAGUCCUAUGUGAGAUUAGGAUGAAAACCAGGAAAGGAACAAUUUGGUAUUAAAAUUCAAAGACAGUUGAAAUACUUUGAAAAGGAGAAAAUAACAACUUGGUGACAAGUUAGGCUUCGAUUUAACUCAGAUUCACUUAAAUAGUAGUAUGUGAUUAAUUUAAAAAAAAAUUCAAAGACAGUUGAGAAUACCUUGAAAUUGAGGAAAUUCAACUUGGAGACGACUUAGGCUUCGAUUUAACUCAGAUUCACUUAAAAAAGUAGUGUGAUUAAUGGAAGGAGGGAUAGACAAAUGACACCCCUUAGGAGAAGGAAGACAUCUUUAAUUAUGAAAUAAACAUGUUUUGAUAAACUCAGAUCUUGGAGAGAGUUUGGCUUCGACGAAUUAUCAUUAACCAUUUUAGUUUCAUAAGUGCAUUAGACUAGUUUCUUGUGUUUGGAAGAAGACCAGGAAUCGAGUAAUAGAACUGAAAUCAUUUGAACAGAACUCAGAAAUUAGAAUAGUUUAACUCUGAUUUAACUGUUGCUCUUUAUAACAUUCAGACAAGGAAUUUUUUAAAUGGAUUUUUUUAAAAGUAUAUUAGAAGAGUGUUUUUUUAACUCAAACUUUGGAUAUAAAAGUUUUUAUUGAGUGAAGUGUUAGAAAUUUGAAAGGUAGAAGGUACUCAGAAUUUUGGAGAAGGGAAGGCUUCGAUAAAACUCUUUAAUAGAGGAUACUCAUGCAUAUUUGUUAAAUAUUUAUUAGAAAAACUUUUUUAUUGAAUCAACAAUUAAUGUAUGAAAUAAGAGUACUGGAGAUUUUUGACAAUUCACCAAUACAUUAAGAUUGAUUAUAGCUUCAAGCAUUUUACAGAAUUGAUUGAAACUAGGGUAGUGGCUAUUAUUUAUUGUUUGGAGGACAGAAGGUAUUGAAAUUGAAAAGAAAGUCAAGACUGUGAUUUGUAUACAGCAUUAAACAAAAAAGGUUGAACAAUAUGACUGGGCGAGCUAGAGGUAGAUGCAGGGGUAGAGCACGAAAUGACGAACCAGAUGAACCGGCCAGGAGACCAGGAGAUAGCCAACCAACAUUUGGUGGAAAUCAACCAACUGCACCAAGAGGUAGAGGUAGAGGAGGAUAUAGAAAUGAAUCACCGCCUGCCAGAAUGCCAAAUGUUGAGCAUGCUGCAUCACAUCUUGAGCAGAUGAGUAUUGACAAUACGUCAAAUCAGUUAAGGAGAAGAAAUGAGGAUGUGAAACCAAAUAUGUUCAGUAGUGAUGAUAAUCGUCCUAGUGAGCAAGGUGAUGGUUUCAGAGAGGCUGGAGCUAGACCUAGGGAGCAGCUUUUGGCUGGUGAUAAAACCAAUCCAGAUAUCUUCAAACAGCAAGGAGCCAGAGCAAAAUUCUUUCAUGGUAAUAGAGGUGGAGAUAAUCCCCAGAUAAGGUACCAGGAACAAGGGAACAGACCAACAGAAUCUAAAUAUCAAGGAAAUAGUCCAGCAACACAAUCUGUUGUGAGAAGAGGUGUAGGCCUAGGAUCGACAAACAUUCAGGUAAUAGCCAACGCUUUCCCUGUGGAGUGUACCUUAACUGGGUGGAUCCUCUACCAAUAUCAUGUGGAUUUUAAUCCUCAAGUGGACAGCAAGAAAGUCCGGUGUGCCAUGAUAGCGGACCACAGGGAAUUGUUAGGAGAAACGAGAGCAUUUGAUGGAAUGAAACUGAUUAUACCAAGGAAACUGUCACAAGAAGUGACAGAAGUUUAUAGUGAGAUGAGGUCUGAUGGAACUAAAAUCAGAAUUACAAUUUCGAUGACCAAUGAGAUUCCACCAGUCAGUGCAGAGUCCAUCAAUAUCUUCAAUAUUAUCUUGAAAAGAGCACAGAGAAUGCUUGGGAGUGAACAGAUAGGAAGGAACUAUUAUAAUCAGAACUUAAGAAAAACAGAUACAACCUAUCGCAUGGAUAUUAUACCAGGAUUUUUGGCAGCCAUUCAGAAGUUUGAGGCUGGCAACCUUCUGCUAUUAGAUGUGGCCCACAAACUGCUACAAACUGACAGUAUAUUGACACAGAUGACUAACCUAUAUCACCUUUAUAAACACCAGCAAGAUGGAGAUAAUAAGUUCUGGGAUAAAUGUAAAAAACAGUUUAUUGGUGCAAUUGUUCUCACCAGGUACAACAACAAGACAUAUCUCAUUGAUGAUAUUGAUUCAGAUAAAACACCGUUAGAUACUUUUGAACUCGGGAAUGGUGAGACAAUAUCCUACGCAGAUUAUUAUAGGAAGCAGUAUAAUAUAACUGAUCUAGAUGAGACACAACCAAUGUUAAUAAGUCGUCCAAAGGAAAAAGAUAAACGAGUUGGAAGGACUGGUCUAAUCAUCUUGCUUCCACAACUGUGUUACGUCACUGGGUUAUCAAAUGAAGUAGAAAAUGAUUUUAAAGCCAAAACUAGUAUUCAGGCAUUAACAAGGGUUGCACCUCAGCAGAGAGUUCUGUCCCUUACUGAAUUUGUACAACAGAUUCAAACGAAUAAAGAUGUACAAAAAAUGAUGAAAGAUUGGAAUUUAAGAAUACCAAAUAAGGCUCUUGAAAUACAAGCUAAACUGCUGGAUCCAGAAAUCAUCAGACAAAAUGAUGUACAGUUGAGAUAUGACCAAUCAAAACCUGACUGGUCUAAAGACAUGAGAAGUAAUCUGUUGACAACAGCAGUCAGUCUGAAAAACUGGGUCAUUAUAUUCUCUAAAAAGAAUCGUGGAACAGUUGUAGAUUUCAUUGAGGCUCUAAAACGUGUUGGACCUCCCAUGGGAAUUCAUGUUACACAACCUGUAGUGGUUGAAUUACCUGACGAUAGAAACAUGUCUUACAUCACAGGUCUGAGACAGACAGUAGAAUCUACCACACAGCUGGCAGUCUGUGUACUACCUUCCAGUAGAGAAGAUUGUUAUAAUGCUAUCAAGAAAUUCUGCUGUGUUGAUCAUCCAGUGCCAAGUCAGGUAGUACUAAGCAAAACAAUCAUGAAGAAACAACGGCUCCAGUCUGUGUCUACUAAUAUUGCUAUCCAGCUGAACUGUAAGCUGGGCGGAGAACUCUGGGUAGCAUCUAUGCCUGGCAUGACUAAUGGUUUAAUGAUAGUUGGUAUAGAUGUGUUCCAUGACAAAAAGAAUAACAAGUCAUAUGCUGGUGUUGUCUGUAGUUUGAACAGGGAAUGUACUCGAUACUAUUCCUCUGUUACUCCCCAACUAAGUGGACAGGAAUUAAUUGAUGGCAUUUAUGCAAAGUUUGCUGAGGGACUAAAGAAGUACCAUGAAGUAAAUGGUUAUUUGCCUGGAAAUAUUGUUGUGUAUCGAGACGGUGUUGGUGAUGGACAGUUAGAUAUGGUUAUGCAACAUGAAGUCAAACAGAUGCAGGACUGUACCACAGAUUUGUAUCCAGAUGUUCCGCCAAAGAUGGCAGUAGUUAUAGUUAAGAAGAGGAUUAGUCAAAGGUUCUUCUUCAAAAACCAUAAUAGUUACAGUAAUCCUACACCAGGGAUGGUCGUAGAUACAGCCCUCACUAAAAGUGAAUGGUUAGACUUUUUCUUGGUGUCCCAGUCAGUACGCCAGGGGACUGUCUCCCCCACACACUAUAAUGUUAUCUUCAACACUAUCACAAGCUUUACUGCAGACAGAUUUCAAAGACUUAGCUACAAGUUAUGCCAUCUGUAUUACAACUGGCCAGGCACAAUACGUGUACCAGCGCCUUGUCAGUAUGCCCACAAAUUGGCAUAUUUAGUUGGCCAGAAUAUAAGAAAGAUUCCACAUCCUGCAUUGUCAGAUAGACUCUACUUCUUGUAAAGUGAUUGGAAAUUUGAUCUUGUUCUGAAUACGUAUGAAAUAUUUGCCACUUGUUCUUGUUCUGAAUAUGCAUGAAAUAUUUGCCACUCCACGUUAAGCAAACAAUCAGUCUUGUAUAGUAAUUGUAAAUUUGUUCUCGUUUUGAAUAUGCAUGAAAUAUUUGCCACUUUACGUUAAGCAAACAAUCAGUCUUGUAAAGUAAUUGCAAAUUUGUUCUCGUUUUAAAUAUGCAUGAAAUAUUUGCCACUUGAUGUUAAGCAAACAAUCAAUCUUGAAAGGGAAUUUCAAGAUGAAAGUCUGCGAUAAAAAAAAAAUGAUGUCAGAAUAAAGCUUGAUUCAUCUUUGUUUGCUCUACAUACAAAAAUAUAAGACAAACUAAAAAAACGAUGGCAUAGCACCAUUGAUAAUUUGUAAUUUUACAAACAUAAAAGACCAGUAAUUUAUGCAUUAGCGGUAAUUUCACAAUCCACAUAAUUAUUGUAGCUUUCUACAAGUAAUACACCUUAUCGCUAUCUGUCCGCCAUUACUGUCCAUUACAAACAUUCCUGUAUAAUAUUGACAUCAUAACAAUAAAUAUUUGACACAACAUUACAAAAGUGAUUGUUAUAUGAUGACGCCAAUAGUUCAAGUGUCGCAGAUUUUAAAAUAGCCAUAAGGUUUACACCUGCAGAUGAUAUUUAACAUAUUUUACAGGAUUCUGUAAGCACAAAAAGAUUCACAUUAAAUAUUCACAGUAAUGGUGCUAUUUGAAUUUAUCUGAGAAGAUGUCCUUGCUAAUUUUAAGUGGUUAAUAGAAAGCUGAAUUUGAUAUGUACAUUGGACAAUAUUGUAUCUCCUUUUCAUUUAAGGUUUUACAUUGUAGCUCUGUGUAUUUGAUGCUGUUAGAACUUUGUCAUAUAUUAUUGCAGAACAUCAAAACAUUUCAACCUAAUAAAGAAACAAUACUGUU